GCAGAAAAUUCGCCGGACUUGAAUAUACGCCGGAGAGAAAUUCCGAUCCCGGCAAGUCGUUUUUCCACAACGCGGUUUCUCUCUCUAAGCUGCACGUCAUUCUUGUAGUGGCUACAGAGCUAUACUAUAAUGCACGACUUCAAAGAAAGGCUACAGAAGCACCUUUAUUGACUCUUUCUCUCUCAAACGAAACCCUAGCCACACAUCUCUACCUGUUAACAUAUAAAGUCGAAAAGGAACUCGUAAGUGUAUUGAUUACUUAUAUGCACGUGAUUUCAACUCCUGAUUCUUAUUCGCACGACGAUCUUUGAAUCAAGUAUAUUUUCGCUGUGUCAAAUUUAAGAUAGAAAUGUCGAAAUUCUAUGGAGAUUUCAGUCAGAAGAUUGAUUAUGUUUUCAAGAUCGUCUUAAUUGGAGACUCAGCUGUGGGGAAAUCGCAGUUGUUGGCUCGGUUCGCGAGGAACGAGUUUAAUUUGGACUCCAAGGCCACGAUCGGCGUAGAGUUUCAGACAAAGACACUUGAUAUCGAUCACAAGACCGUGAAGGCUCAGAUUUGGGAUACUGCGGGACAAGAAAGGUACAGAGCAGUAACAAGUGCGUAUUACAGAGGAGCGGUUGGGGCAAUGUUAGUUUACGACAUCAGUAAACGUCAGUCGUUUGAUCACGUGGCAAGAUGGUUAGAAGAAUUGAGAGGUCACGCAGAUAACAAUAUAGUAAUCAUGCUGGUUGGAAACAAGUCUGACUUAGGAAGCCUUCGAGCAGUUCCAACCGAAGAUGCUAAAGAGUUUUCCGAAAGGGAGAGUCUCUAUUUCAUGGAAACAUCAGCCCUUGAGGCAAUAAACGUUGAAACCGCAUUCACAACUGUCUUAACUGAAAUCUAUAGAGUUGUUAGCAAAAAAUCUCUUACUGCAAAUGAGGAAAUUGAAUCUGGAGGUAAUUCGGCUCUUCUUAAGGGAACCGAUAUUGUUGUACCCUUGACCGAACCGAUUUCAGAUGGGAAGAAGUUUGGCAACGGCUGCUGCUCAUAGUGAUUUUCAGGAACAAUGAUGAUAUACAACCAAUUGUUGUAUGAUGAUACAAAAAUGUAAUCAUGCAAUAACCUAUAGGAAUUAAUCAAUUUUGAAACCUUGAUUACUUGUAACAUUCCUUUUCCUCCUUUUUUUUCCCUUUAUCAAAUGUUAUAAUUUUCAAUAAUGUAAUAGUCAGUUGUUGUUGUAUUGUUUGUUGAUUGACUUGAAAUACAAGUACUUUGUUACACAA